UUGAAAUAUUCAGCAGUAAACUAUCAUGGACCAAGCAAACAUUGUCGACCUAUGCAGCAGCAGUGAGAGUGACGCGACUCCACCACGAGCUCCGUCACCCAAACCCCGGGACCGGCGUCUCCGGCGCGAGGUACGGCGCACCCGAACAAGGCCACCUUCUGCCCGGUCAUCCAACGGGUCGGAGGCAGACCGCGAAAGCGCGAACGCCAGCCCUCCUCACCGCGAUGGGGAAAUUCCGCAUCCUCGCCGUCCUGCCUCACCACGCUGUGCCCCUCCCCCGGAGGCAUAUGUUGCAGAUGACAGCGACGACGAGUGGGCCAGCGGACCACGCGACCCAUGGAGCGACGAUGGAACCCGCUACGAAGGCGUUUCGCCUCGGUACUGCGACGAACCACGGUAUGCCCCAUCCCCGGAGGCAUACGUCCAGGACGACAGCGACUACAGCAACGGGCCACGGUACGACGACGAGGGAGCCAGCGAUGGACGCGACACGCCGAGCGACGCCGGGGUCGGCUAUGGAGGCGUUCCACACCAAUUCUUCGAACACAUCGAAAGGUACGUCACCCGACACAGCCACUGGAUCCAGUUGCUCCAGGUCCACUACACCUCGUGCUGGAUCCGGAUGCCCUUUCGGUCAACAGAGGAUCCGAUUAUAGAACCUCCAAUCUCACCGGAGCCUAACCUCGCGCUCGUGGGCCCCGACCCGAGCGACGUCGACGAUGCCCUGGACCCGACGGCCCCGCCGAGCACCACACUCAGCGCUGGGCACUCAACCACCGGCCAGGCUCGUCAGCCCGAGCGCGUUCACUCCGCCCCUGACGAUGCCCUGGUCCCGACGGCCCCGCCGAGCAUCACACUCAGCGCUGGGCACUUAACCACCGGCCAGGCUCGUCAGCCCGAGCGCGUGCAUUCCGCUCCUGACGACGCCUUGGACCUAACGACCCCGUCGUGGACCAGUCUCAGCACUGCGUCGCCCUCUGGGCACUCAACCACCGGCCAAGCUCGUAAGCCCGAGCGCGUUCACUCCGCUCCUGGCGAUGCCCUGGACCCUACGGCUCCGCCGAGCACCGCAUUCAGCGCUGUGCUGCGCCCGGACCACGGAACCAUCGACAUGGUUGGCCAGUCAAAGUACGCAUACGCCGCUCCUGACGCAGCCCUGGACUUGACGCCAGCCACAAAGAACCCCCAAACAGCCUACGGCUCCACAGUUUGUGUUGAAGAACCGGACGACCACGACAUCUUUCCCUUGGGAAGCGCACACGCCACUUUCAAUCGGAUACCGGUCGCUCUCAGGAUGCUGCGAGUAGAGGGCACUUAUGCCGCUCACGACGCUGCUCGCCAGCUGAACCAUGCGGAAUCAUCGGACACGGCCAGUGGGAAAUCUAUGGCCUGGUCGUCCCAGUCGAGUAACUCCGACGAAGACGACGUCGCCAUAUUCCGACGCAGCCGCAGGAGGAAGCGUACCCAGCAACCGCAUCCGACAGUGAGUGCCACCAGGCACCCUAUCCGCGUCCAAACUCCAUCGGAAGCCGGCGCCGACACACUGGAGUUGGGGAUAUCGGACGAGGCAAUGGACGCCCUGAUGGCCGAACUCCCACCAGAGGUCGAGAGCAUGGUCCUGGACUGGCUGCCCGAUGGAGGCGAUCCAGCUGCUCCGUUAGUGCACAUUGUAGACAUCAUCCAAGCCCGAGCGCUACAAGCCAGGUCCCGACAGCGGAACCGCCUCCAACGCCCCAAAGGGAAGCUACCGGGUCACCAGCCGAACACACGGCUCCAUCUCCAUUCUUUUUGACCCCCCGAAGUAGGAAGGGGGUGUGACGCCUCAUUCAAUGAGGCGCACAUACUUUCUUUUGUUUAUCUUUUUAUAUCCUUAUUGUUAUAUUUCAUUAGUCAUGUAAGAUAAACGCCUUGAAGUAUUUUGUUUUGUAGUUUUAAGUACAUCUGCUAAACCGUUACAUACAAAUAAGAUUUAAAUUUAAGCUCGAACAACGUUGCCAUUUACUUCGCGUCCUGAACCAUGUUGCCAUUUACUUCGCGUCCUGAACCACGUUGCCAUUUACGGCACUAUCGAUCAACACGCUGACGGUUGACACGUUGUCAGAUCGCGACGCUGUCAAAAUCGCCACGUUGACAGCCGGGACAGAGGAUCGUGAUCGUAACUCGAUCUCUUCCUUUCCGGACAGCCGUAGCGAGCAGACGUGCGCUCCGCAACUCGGCUUCUCUUCUGCCCCGGUCCGCCGCAGGGAGCAGAUGAAAGCUCCACGACCAGGUAAAACCAAAUCACGUGUCUCGAGAACCAACGCGCGUCGCGCAGUACAGCCACCGCGGUUUAAUCAAACAACCAUUAUACACACGAUACAGACACCGCGGCUUAACAAACAGACAUCGGUGCAGCAGCAGGGAAACAAGGCAGGACCAGAUCAAAUAAAGUGAAGUUAUAAAUUGUUAUCAUUUAA